AUGCAUCACCCACCGUCACCUUACCUCCUCCUCCUAUUCCCCCGUCGAUCAUAUACCCACACCGUCUCCAUUGAUCCCCCACCCCCACCCCCCUCUCACACCACCUUACCCUCUCUCUCUACCUCUCUCAUGGGGAACAAGCCGGCGUGCAUGUCGCUGGCGCCCGCGCCGGGCUCGGCGUCGGCGUCGGCGUCGAGCGGCGGAGGAUGCAAGGUGAUCCACGCGGACGGGCGNGUGACGCGGCUGGCGCGGCCGGUGCGGGCGUCGGAGCUCAUGCUGGACCACCCGGGCAAGUUCGUGUGCGACGCGUGCCGCCUCGCCGUCGGCUGCCGCGUGCCGGGCGUGGCCGCCGACGAGCUCCUCCAGCCGCGCCGCGCCUACUUCCUCCUCCCCAUGGACAUGCUCUACUCCGUGCUCACCGACGACGAGAUGGCCGCGCUCGCCGCCGCCUCCCACGGCGCCGCCACGGCCGCCACCGCCGCGUGGCGGAGGAUCGUGGUCACCACCACCAGACGGCGACGGGGCGGCGGCCGCGGCGCCGCCUCCAGGCAGAGCAAUGGCGACGCCGGCAGGGUGUUCCCGGUCGUCGGCCUGCUGCAGCUCCAGGAUGCCCCCGCCGGGCACUCCACGAGCGGCGCCGGGGUCAAGUCGAGCGGGGCCGCCGUCGGGCUGAGGCGGCUCCGGUCGUGGCGGCCGGUGCUGGACACCAUCGAGGAGGCGCCGUGA